AUGGGUGCCAGGAGGGUGCAGGUGAGCCAGCGUCGCCAGCACAGGGCAGAUGGGACGAUGGGCCUCGUGGCUGCAGUGACGCUGACGGUGGCUUCAAUCGUCAGGAGGAAGCUUCGAGACGCUCCUCAGGGGGCCAGAGUUUGGGCGCAGGCUGGGCCUGGCCGAAGAUUAUUGUUUCAGACCAGCGACGAUGCCAGCAGCUUGGGGAGGAACUGUACUCCACCAGGAAUCCACGAGUUUCCGAGUGAUGUUUUCACCCAGGAGGAAAGACAGAAUGGAGCUUUGUUGCUGCAUGUGUUUUGUGCAGUGUACAUGUUCCACGCCCUGGCGAUUGUGUGCGACCACUAUUUCGUUCCCUCGUUGGGAAAGAUUUGCAAGGAGGUGCCUCUCACCUGGUGGUGUCUCUUCCGAGACUCAGUUUCCUAUAUCAUCUCCGUCCUUGUUCUCAUCCUGGUGAUCCAUGAUGAGAAGGUUUUCUGGUGGGAGGCUCUGUCAAUGGCUCUGCUGUACGUGGCGUACAUCAUUGUGAUGAAAUACAACAUGAGAAUUCGGUGUUAUUUUGAGGGUCUGCGCUGUACCGGUCAAGGACAUUCAGGAGGGGAGCAGCCGGGAGCACAGCGCGGAGGGAGCAACAGGAACGAUACGCUAACUGUCGCCAUUCAGCAAUCAGGCCCCAGAGCCAGGGAUAGCUCUGUGCUGAUGGUCGAUGAGCUCUUCUCUGCGUCCCCUCACAAGCUGAGCUUCUCUGAGGUGAGCCUCCGUAUCAUGAUCACUCGCCACUUCCGGCCCAGGACCCGUCUCUGUAUGGCCAGCCACAUGCUCAUCAAUGAGAGGCAGCGGCACAUGGGGACUCGAGCCAGCGAUCCAGAACCACACAUUUCCAUCCAUAUUCCCGAGAAGGAGCCGGUGCAAAAUGGCACCGGUGCCAGCAGCGAGGCGGAGAGGAACCAAGGAGCCGGGGCACGGGAGAGUGAGGAGGCUGGUGCAGGAAUCCCGGGAGAGCCUGAGGAAGAGGAAGGGAAGGCGGAAGCAGACAGUGGUGGACCACUCCUCCCGUUCAAAAUUCCAGCUAAUGGAGCUGUGUUUGUGCCUGGCCAAUGCCCAUGGGGGCGGUGCGAGGCGGCGCGGUGGCUUCUGGCCUGGCCACUCAGCUUUCUGCUGUACCACACGGUUCCCAACUGUGCGCUACCCCGCUGGGAGAAAUGGUUCCUGGUCACGUUCCUCAACUCGACGCUCUGGAUCGGUGUGUUCUCCUACGUCAUGGUCUGGAUGGUGACCAUAAUUGGAUAUUCGUUGGAAAUUCCGGAUGUGAUUAUGGGAAUUACGUUCCUGGCCGCUGGGACGAGUGUCCCUGACUGCAUGGCGAGCUUCAUUGUGGCCCGGCAGGGAAUGGGGGAUAUGGCAGUCUCAAAUUCCCUCGGCAGUAAUGUGUUUGACAUUCUGCUGGGACUCGGAGCUCCAUGGAUCCUGAGGACGCUGGUAUUGGAUUACAGCUCAGUGGUGGUGAUAAACAGUAAGGGGAUUGUUUAUUCUGUGAUUCUGCUUCUGGCAUCAGUCUCCCUGAUGGUGUUGGGAAUUCACUUGAAUGGCUGGAAGCUGGACCGGAGACUGGGAGUCGGAGCGCUGCUGCUUUACGCUGUCUUCCUGUGUUUCUCAAUCCUCAUUGAGCUGAAUGUUUUCCUGAGGGUGAACCUCCCGAGCUGUCAGUAA